UCAUGUCGAAACGGUUGAAUGACAAGACACGAAGCGACAUGAGUGGCCAAGGAAGCAGUGGAGAUGGGAGCGGUGACAUGACUGCUGAACUGUGGGGUGAAGUGUACGAUUUGAUGUGUUUAAAGAUGAAGACCGACGACGCGUACGCCAAGUUACGUGCGAAGGGCGACGACAUGAUGUGCGAACAGAUACGUUCAAAGAUGAGGAAGCUGACUGAACCCCAGAAAGGAGCAUCGAAGAAGACGAUAAAGAAGAUCCAGAAGAAAAAGACAAGCAAACCCACAGCAGUUGUUGUCCCCACAGCAGCAGCAACACCCACCACCACCACAGCGCCAGUCACCACCACCACCACCACCACCACCACAGCAGCAACAGCAACAACAGCAGCAGUGACAACAGACAUCGAAACGAAGGGGACAUCCUUUUUGAAACCUGCAACACCUGCAACGCCUGCAAAAAGACGAUUACGGAAGAAAUUAUCUCUGAAGAUCCCUCCUCAAGAACAGCUGACCCCUGAUGUCAGUUCAGCCCAGUCCGUGCUAGAACAGUGGUGGGAACAAACCCCUCGGGAGCCCACCUAUUCACCGAAUGCACCUGUGACGAUGGCGACGGGUGACCGUAAUGAUCAUGAAGCGCUCAAGCUGGUCACUCUCCCUUCCAUGGAUCUGGACACGCUCCCCCUGCUUGAGGCUUCUUGGUCACAAGCAUCACCGGAAGAUGUUCAUGUCUACUCCUCAGGUAUGCCCAUGGUUUGCGACGAUGAUGAUGAUGAUGAUGAUGAUGACAACGUUGACCUGGAUCCUUAUGGAGAAGCUCAACUCACUCCCCUACAACGCGAAUGUCGUGUUUGCCGACACAACAACAUGUUAAGAUACAUCAGUUGCAACAGCGGGCAAGUGAUGCGUCAUGUCUGUUGUCUGGAGCUCAUAGACUGUACUUGUAUGUUGACCUAUGACAAGUAUGAUGACAUGCCUAUCACAUCUGAGGAUCACAUCUUAUGGUGAUCCUCCUCUUCACUCGAAGAACUUUACAACACGUAAGCUGCAACCGUAGUCAAGUGAUGUGUCAUGUCUGUUUCAGGGAGGCCAUAGACUGUACUUGUUUAACGGAUGGACCUCUCUCAUGUUUGAGGGAGGACCACAUCUUAUGGGAUUGAAGAUAGAAGAGCUUGAAGAUGAAAGAGGAAAACAUUGUCGCGUUAUUGUUGUUGUUGUUGUAGGGACAUGCAAAGCACUCCCUCCUCCAUUGUCUUUUCAUAUUUCCAUUGUAUCUGGUUGUGAUUGUUUUUUUCAUUAUUAA